AUGCAUGACUUCCAGCAAUUCAACUCGGCUGCGAUGGUGGGACUGGCCCAAGCGUCAGCAGGCGACAACUUUGACAUCUUCCAGUGGCACCCUCGAUACCAAAGCUGCCAGCGAUACUUUCUAGAUCAUGCGCAACACAGUGAUGCAGUCCAAGCACUCUCGGCUUUCUUGAACAUCCGUCUCCCGUUCCAAUGGCAGUCAAACCCUGUCGUAAACUCUCAUACCGACCCAUCCCGAUCCGCCGCUAGCCAGUCAUCUACAUCCUCACCUGCCUCGAAUCCACCUCCCUCUGUCUCAUUGAUUCCAUACAUCCGCCGCCUGGUGGCCACGGGAAUGGAUUUCCCUGGCGUGUUGCACGGUUUUUUUGGGGACGAAUGGGGUGCGGGCAUUGGACCUCUACACGAGCAAGAACGGCGCAAUUACCUGUUCGCCGCGAAGAGUGGUGGCUGGGCGGCCGUUAAAAAGGACUAUGACAUGCCACCGCUCGAGACAAUACCGUUCCUACGUCCCUUACAGGGACCGCUAGAUUCGGAGAUUGAGGCGGCGGAGCGGAGUUGGAGCGAAUGGCUCGCCAUGGAAGACUGGAUGGUAGGGCCUCGAGCGCCUGACGUUCUUCAAGACUCAUCCUCACAAAUUUCACGACAUCACAGCUCACGAGGCCACGCUGGCGGUAGCACGGAGUUGCCCAUGAACGCGUUAUCCAACAAGGAAAACGCGCUUCAGGUAGAUACGCAGUUCACCUUAGUCAAGUCUACUAGGCUAAUCACCUACAUCCGAACUAUCCCUAUACUCACAUACGAAUUAUAUCCACGAUUGCCGAUGAACCCGACCGAGAGCCCCGCCCCACCGGUUCCUCACUACCUAUCACAGUAA